GUGCGGCCUGCGUCGGUGAUUUCAAACCUGGCCGAGGAGCGGCCCAGGGUUUACCGCUUGGCCGGACUCGGCCUAGAAGUUAUUGUGAUUUUGUAACGAAGCUGAAGCAUCAUGGGGGAUGAUAGUGAAUGGAUUAAAUUACCCAUCGAUCAGAAAUGUGAACACAAGUUGUGGAAAGCCAGGUUAAAUGGCUAUGAAGAAGCUUUGAAGCUCUUUGAGAAAAUAGAUGACGAGAAGAGCCCUGAAUGGUCCAAAUACCUUGGACUUAUAAAGAAAUUUGUGAUAGAUUCCAAUGCAGUGGCUCAGCUGAAAGGAUUAGAAGCAGCACUUGCCUAUGUUGAAAAUGCACAUGUAGCAGGAAAAACAACAGGAGAAGUAGUCUCUGGAGUUGUCAAUAAAGUGUUCAACCAGCCUAAAGUGAGAGCCAAGGAGCUAGGCAUGGACAUAUGUCUUACGUUUAUUGAAAUUGAAAAGGGGGAAGUGGUACAAGAAGAGCUACUUAAAGGCUUGGACAACAAGAACCCCAAGAUCAUAGUAGCAUGUAUAGAGACAUUAAGGAGAGCACUAAGUGAAUUUGGUUCAAAAAUAAUCCCACUGAAGCCAAUAAUCAAAGUGUUGCCAAAACUUUUUGAGUCUCGAGAGAAGGCUGUUCGAGAUGAAGCCAAACUUCUUGCUGUAGAGAUCUAUCGAUGGAUAAGGGAUGCUCUUAGGCCUCCGCUGCAGAAUAUAAACUCUGUUCAGCUAAAAGAUCUGGAAGAAGAAUGGGUCAAACUACCAUCCUCUGCUCCAAAGCAGACCCGAUUCCUCCGUUCCCAGCAAGAAAUGAAAGCAAAGUUUGAGCAGCAACAGGCAGCAGGUGGAGAUGCAGAUGGAGGCGGAGAUGAUGGCGAUGAAGCUGUUCCACAGGUAGAUGCUUAUGAACUCUUGGAGGCUGUGGAAAUUCUUUCCAAACUUCCUAAAGACUUCUAUGACAAAAUAGAGGCCAAAAAAUGGCAGGAGAGGAAAGAAGCUUUAGAAGCCGUGGAAGUACUGGUAAAAAACCCCAAACUAGAAGCUGGAGAUUAUGCAGACUUGGUGAAGGAACUUAAGAAGGUUGUCGGAAAGGAUACUAAUGUAAUGUUGGUUGCUUUGGCUGCAAAAUGCCUUGCUGGACUGGCUACAGGUCUCAGGAAGAAAUUUGGGCAGUAUGCAGGUCAUGUUGUCCCAACAAUAUUAGAGAAGUUCAAGGAAAAAAAGCCUCAGGUGGUGCAAGCCUUGCAAGAAGCCAUUGAUGCGAUCUUCCUUACGACAACAUUACAAAACCUUAGUGAAGAUAUAUUGGCUGUGAUGGAUAACAAAAACCCAACCAUCAAGCAGCAGACAUCCCUCUUCAUUGCAAGAAGUUUUCGUCACUGCACUCCAUCUACUUUUUCCAAAGGCCUGCUGAAACCAUUCUGUGCUGCUCUACUCAAGCAUAUUAAUGACCCAGCACCUGAAGUUAGAGAUGCUGCAUUUGAAGCCCUGGCUACUGCCCUGAAGGUGGCAGGAGAGAAAGCUGUGAACCCUUUCCUAACUGAUGUUGAUAAACUGAAGCUUGAUCGGAUUAAAGAGUGUGCUGAAAAAGUGGAGUUGACUGGUGGUGGUAAAGUUGGUGGAGGAGCUGACAGAAAAGAGAGCAGACCCGUGGCUGGGAAGGCUCCUGUUCUUUCAGGGGCUGCAGGAGAUAAAGACACAAAGGAGAAUGUGGUCAAAUCUGGUCCACCAAAGAAAGCACCUGCUGCGAAGGCUGGUGGUCCACCCAAGAAGGGCAAACAAGCUGCAGCUGGUGGUGGAGGAAGUGCUGGAACAAAAGGCAAGAAGGGAGCCGAAGUGAAGGAGAUAUUUGAACCAGAGCUCUCGAUAGAAGUAUGUGAAGAAAAGGCUUCAGCUGUCCUGCCAGCCUCUUGCAUACAGCAGCUGGAUAGUGGCAACUGGAAAGAGAGGCUUGCUUGUAUGGAGGAAUUUCAGAAGGCUGUUGAACUGAUGGACAAAAACGAAAUGCCAUGCCAGGCUCUAGUAAGGAUGUUGGCCAAGAAACCUGGAUGGAAGGAGACUAACUUUCAGGUGAUGCAGAUAAAGCUUCGCAUAGUUGCCUUGGUUGCUCAGAAGGGAACCUUCUCCAAAACAUCAGCACAAAUUGUGCUGGACGGUCUUGUGGAUAAGAUUGGUGAUGUGAAGUGUGGAAACAAUGCAAAAGAAGCACUAACAGCAAUAGCAGAGGCGUGUCAGUUGCCAUGGACUGCUGAACAGGUAAUGUCAAUGGCUUUCUCUCAGAAGAAUCCAAAGAACCAAUCAGAAACCCUGAACUGGCUUUCAAAUGCAAUUAAGGAGUUUGGGUUUUUGGGAUUGAAUGUAAAGGCUUUCAUCAGCAAUGUUAAGACUGCUCUUGCAGCCACAAAUCCAGCUGUGAGAACAUCUGCCAUUACCUUAUUGGGUGUCCUGUAUCUUUAUGUGGGCCCUUCUUUGCGAAUGUUCUUUGAGGAUGAGAAACCUGCUCUUCUGUCUCAAAUAGAUGCAGAGUUUGAAAAAAUGCAAGGACAAACACCACCUGCUCCAUCUCGAGGCAGUUCCAGACACACCGUUGGCGCUGGGGAUGAUGGCGAGGAAGGAGAAGAUCAGGAGGAAGCAGGAAAUGAUGUUGUAGAUCUAUUGCCAAGAGCUGAUAUCAGUGAUAAGAUCACCUCUGAUUUAGUGUCCAAGAUUGGUGAUAAAAACUGGAAAAUCCGAAAGGAAGGUCUAGAUGAAGUGGCAAGCAUCAUUAACGAAGCCAAAUUCAUACAGCCAAGCAUAGGCGAACUUGCACCUGCACUGAAGAGUCGUCUCAAUGACUCCAAUAAAAUCCUGGUUCAACAAACAUUGUCCAUCCUUCAGCAGCUGGCCAUUGCUAUAGGCCCAAAUAUCAAGCAACAUGUAAAAAAUCUGGGCAUUUCCAUCAUCACAAUCCUUGGAGACAGUAAGAGCAAUGUGCGAGCAGCUUCCCUAACUACUAUAAAUGCCUGGACAGAACAGACUGGCAUGAAAGAGUGGCUAGAAGGUGAGGACCUAUCUGAAGAGCUCAAGAAAGAGAACCCUUUCCUACGGCAAGAGCUUUUAGGCUGGCUGGCUGAAAAGUUGCCCACCCUCCGUACCGUCCCCUCAGACCUGUUCUUUUGCGUGCCUCACCUGUACUCUUGCCUGGAGGAUCGAAAUGGAGAUGUCCGUAAAAAGGCACAGGAUGCUCUGCCAUUUUUUAUGAUGCAUCUGGGAUUUGAGAAGAUGGCCAAAGCUACUGGGAAGCUGAAGACAGCCUCCAAAGACCAAGUACUGACCAUGCUUGAAAAAGCCAAAGCUAAUAUGCCUGCCAAACCUGCUCCACCUAAGGCAUGUUCCAGAGCUGCAGGAGCAGCUCCUGCCAAAUGUCAAACUGCAUCAGGUUCUGGUGAAGAUUUUAUGGCCAGUUCUGUGGAUACCAAGCCUGAUCCCAAAAAGGCCAAAGCAGGAGGAACUGCCCCUAAAACCAAGGGUAUACAGGGGAAGAAGGUACCAAGCAAGUCCAACUUGAAGGAAGAUGAUGAUCGUUCUGGUCCAGUUUUUGUUAUAGUCCCUGGUGGGAAAGAGCAAAGGAUGAAAGAUGAAAAAGGAUUAAAGGUUUUGAAAUGGAACUUCACUACUCCUCGUGAUGAAUAUAUUGAGCAACUGAAGACUCAGAUGUCCAGCUGUAUUGCCAAGUGGUUACAAGAUGAGAUGUUUCAUUCAGAUUUUCAGCACCACAACAAAGCAAUUGCUAUAAUGGUUGAUCAUCUGGAGGGUGAAAAGGAUGGAGUUAUCAGCUGUUUGGAUCUGAUCCUAAAAUGGGUCACCUUGAGGUUCUUUGACACCAACACAAGUGUCCUCAUGAAGGCCUUGGAGUAUCUCAAGCUGCUUUUUACUAUGUUGAACCAAGAAGAGUAUCAUCUGACUGAGAUUGAAGCAAACUCCUUCAUCCCUUAUCUUGUAUUAAAGGUUGGGGAACCAAAAGAUGUCAUCCGCAGAGAUGUGCGUGCCAUUCUGAAUAGGAUGUGCCUUGUCUAUCCAGCCAGCAAGAUGUUUACUUUUAUUAUGGAAGGGACCAAGUCAAAGAACUCAAAACAGCGGGCAGAGUGCUUGGAAGAACUGGGGUGUCUAGUUGAAUCAUACGGUAUGAAUGUAUGUCAGCCAACUCCGGGCAAAGCUUUAAAGGAAAUGGCAGUUCACAUUGGUGACAGAGACAACACUGUCAGAAAUGCUGCUCUCAACACCAUUGUAACGGUUUACAAUGUCCAUGGGGAUCAGGUGUUCAAGCUGAUUGGAAAUCUUUCUGAAAAAGACAUGAGCAUGUUGGAGGAGCGAAUAAAGCGAUCUGCGAAGAGGCCAAAUGCUGCUUUGGCGAAGCAGGUAGAAGAGAAACCACAGCGCAUUCAGAGUGUUAGUGCCAAUACAAAUAUGCUGCGGAAGGGACCAGUUGAAGACAUGUCUUCCAAACUCAACCAAGCCCGUAAUAUGAGUGGCCACUCUGAAGCAACACACACAGUUCCACGAGAGUUUCAGCUGGAUCUAGAUGAAAUAGAAAAUGAUAAUGGUACGGUUCGGUGUGAAAUGCCAGCACUUGUCCAGCACAAACUGGAUGAUAUCUUGGAACCCGUUUUGAUCCCUGAACCCAAGAUCCGUGCUGUGUCUCCACACUUUGAUGAUAUGCACAGUAACACAGCAUCCACCAUCAACUUUGUUAUCUCCCAGGUAGCCAGCGGUGAUAUCAAUACAAGCAUCCAAGCUCUAGCUCAGAUUGAUGAAGUCUUGAGACAAGAGGAUAAAGCAGAAGCUAUGUCUGGCCACAUUGACCAGUUUUUAAUAGCUACGUUCAUGCAACUGAGACUCAUUUAUAAUACACACAUGGCUGAUGAGAAACUGGACAAGGAUGAAAUAGUCAAGUUGUACAGUUGCAUAAUUGGAAACAUGAUUUCGCUGUUCCAGAUUGAAAGUUUGGCCAGGGAGGCCUCUGCAGGAGUGCUGAAGGACUUGAUGCAUGGUCUUAUUACCUUAAUGCUGGAUUCGAGGGUUGAAGACCUAGAGGAAGGCCAGCAGGUUAUCAGAUCUGUCAACCUCUUGGUGGUAAAAGUUCUGGAGAAAUCUGACCAAACCAACAUACUGAGUGCCCUGCUUGUUCUGCUCCAGGACAGUCUUCUAGCAACAGCAAGCUCUCCCAAGUUCUCAGAACUUGUAAUGAAGUGUUUAUGGAGGAUGGUGAGGCUUCUUCCUGAAACUAUCAACACCAUCAAUCUGGACCGAAUUAUGUUGGACAUCCACAUUUUUAUGAAGGUAUUUCCAAAGGAGAAGCUGAAGCAGUGCAAGAGCGAAUUUCCCAUACGGACACUAAAGACCUUGAUUCACACCUUGUGCAAGCUGAAAGGACCCAAGAUCCUAGAUCAUCUGACAAUGAUUGAUAACAAGAAUGAGUCUGAAUUGGAGGCUCACUUGUGCAGAGUGAUGAAGCACUCCCUGGACCAAACUGGAAGUAAAACAGAUAAAGGCACAGAAAAAGGAGCUUCUCGGAUAGAUGAAAAGUCACCAAAGGCCAAAGUGAAUGAUAUUUUAGCAGAGAUUUUUAAGAAAAUUGGCUCUAAAGAGAACACUAAAGAGGGCCUCGCAGAGUUAUAUGAAUACAAAAAGAAGUAUUCUGAUGCAGACAUUGAACCCUUCCUCAAGAACUCUUCACAGUUCUUCCAGAGCUAUGUGGAAAGAGGGCUACGGCUGAUUGAACUGGAAAGGGAGGGCAAAGGGCGCAUUCCUUCUUCUACAGGGGUUUCUCCACAGAUGGAGGUAUCGUGUAUCCCUGCUCCCACCAAUACAGUAUCUUCAUCAAUAGGAAAUUCAAAUGGUGAAGAGGUGGGGCCUUCUGUCUACCUGGAAAGGCUAAAAAUCCUCAGGCAGCGAUGCGGCCUUGACAAUGCGAAGCAGGAAGACAGACCACCCCUGACUUCCCAGCUCUCCAAGCCAUCGGUCCCUACAGUUGCCUCCUCCACGGAUAUGCUCCACAGUAAGCUUUCUCAGCUCCGUGAGUCACGAGAACAAUACCAGCACAUUGAUAUGGACUCCAAUCAGACCCACUCUUCUGGAACCACCACUUCUUCCUCCACAGCAUCCAAUAUUGAUGACUUGAAAAAAAGACUGGAGAGAAUAAAAAGCAGCCGCAAGUGAAAUGGCUUGAGAGCGCGGCUGUCGCAGAGCUGUUCAGCCUUAGUUUACUAAACUAGAAGUCUUCAUAGCUAAAGUGGCCUCAUGUAGGCCUCAUGUAUACAAACUGGUUUAUGUGUAUAAUACUGUGGAUCUUGGAGGAAGAUCCAAGUCAUUGUGGCACAAGUCUUUGUACAUACUUUGCUUCUCUGUGAGCCUCUCUUGACUGUAGAAGACUGUCUGUGUAUUAGUUUUAGUGUACAGGCCUGUAAACAACCAUCCUCCUGGUCAAUCCAGUUUCUAAUAACUUGUUUUUAUUUGUAAAGUUGUCCUAUGUUUCCUAGCUCUUUACUCUUAGAAGCUCUCCAGUGGAUGCUCUUUUAAUUUUGUGCAUUUGUUCUCCAUAUAAUCCUUGAACCGUUUCUGUAUGGGCGCAUGGCAUGAAAUAACUAAUUUAAGUGUCUUUUUGUAAAUAAAGUUUGCAUUAACUCUCUGGGAGCAACAGUGACUGUUGGUGGGAAAGGUCUGUCAGUGUUUCUAGAUGCCAGCGACUUGGCAUUUCUAAAUCUGAGUGAAUGGCUAAAGUCCCAGCAAUAGCAGUGGAUUGGUACACAUUGAGGC